AUGAUGAGGCUGUCUGGUGUUGUUCUGUUGAUGGCAGUGGUUGCGUGCGCCUGUGCGAGUGCGCUCGCCAGCCCCUUCCAGCCACGCAUCGCGGACGUCAAGAACCUGGCUGUGUACAGCACAUGGCAGAGGCCCGGCGUGGGCAACGCCACCCUUUACGCUGCUCACGCGCCCGGCUAUGACGAGCCCAUCUAUGUCUUGAACAUCACUGGCGUCGAUCACCAUGCGAUUGGCUAUGGCUAUGGCAUUCUCAUGGCGAACCAGUCCAUCGAGAACUUCGAGAACCUCAUUAACGCCCUCCUUCCAGAGAAGGACUUGCAGCUUGUUCUGGAGGCCUACUGUGACUGGCAGUACGAGUACAUCAUCCACAACCUUCCACAGGACUUCCAAGACGAGAUCAAAGGCAUCGAAGAAGGCACGGCUGACAUUGGCCUGCCCCACGCCGCCAAGUGCAUCAAGCGCGCCCUCACCAUCGCCUCCAUUGCUGUUGGCGACCUGUCCCGCGAUAUCCUGUAUCUGCUGAAGAACGAACUCUCCCGCCACCCUUCAUCUUCGCUCGCCGCUGCCGCUGCCCGCCUGCAGCAGCGCGGCCUUGAUAUCGACGCCAUCGCCGAAGCCAUCGCCACAUCAAAGGUGCUGUCGCUUGGCCGCACGUGCUCGAUGUUUGGCGCGUGGGGAACGCGAACAGAGAACGGUCGCCUGUUCUCUGGCCGCAACCUUGACUGGGCCGCAGACACAGGCAUUGCGAAGAACAAGCUCGUCACGGUGUACCACAUUGGCGAAAACACCGUCCCCUAUGCGUCCGUGUCGUUCUCUGGCGUGAUUGGCGCCAUCACGGGCAUCUCGGCUGCAGGCAUCACUGUGCACGAGGCCGGUGACGAUACGCGCAACGUCACCCUCAACGGCUUUGCCUGGUCCCUUCGCCUCCGCGCUCUCAUGGAGGAGGCAAAGAACAUGGAUGACGCGCUCUCGUUCUGGAAGCGCACGCGCAACACGAUGGGCAUGAACCACGGCGUUGGCAGCGCUGCUGACAACAAGUUCCUCGCCAUGGAGACAGAGGAAGACUAUACUGCCUAUUUCUUCGACAACGACCCGCGAGAGGCAAACUUUGUCGUUGACGGCAAGCACUAUGGGUUCCCACUCAAGGACGCGGUGUGGCGCACCAACCACGGUUACGAUCCCACCUUCCGCGCUGAUGGCUUCAGCUCACAUCCGGGAACAGACUCGUUCAACCGCUACCUCCUCCUUCACGACACGUUCCUCGGCUACGAGACGGCGUCUGUGGCGAUCUCCGAUGUGCAGGCCGUCAACCUGACAGCCGUUGUUGGUGAUAAGGGCGGCAGCUCCCGCGACAGCUUCCUUUCCUGCCAGAACGCAGCACAGGGCAGCAACAUCAUCUCAGCCACCUUCAAGCCAAGCACGACAGGCCACGCCACCAUGUACCUGGCGUUUGAGAACGGCCAUAAGGAUCAGCAUGUGCCUGCUUGCUGCAACAACUACAUCAAGUUUGACAUGAACCAGUUCUUUGGCGUGUAA